UUCAAGUCAGUUCGCUCGCUCAGCCGCGCCGACGCGCUUGCGUGUGAUAACCUCGUGCCAAAAUGUUACAAACAAUUUCGCACAACCAAAACACUCAGUGACAUCGUUUUACACUGUUCUUUUAACGAAAACAGUAUUUUAAAGUGCUCUGUGGGAUUAAAGUGUCUGUGUUUCAACUUAUUUUUCUAACGACUGCACAAUGCGAAAAUUUUUCGGUAAAUUCGUUAGUGUGCACGAAAUAUUGACGGCAAAAUGUUGAAGGGAUAUUUUGUUUUCGUGUUCGUGUUCCAGUUUUUUUCAGCCGGCUUCAGCUCCAGCCUCCUGUGCGGGGGCACGACCGAGCUGAGCCUCGGCAACGGAGCCGGCGCGGGCGCAGCCAUCGCGCUGGCGCUCGUGCGGCCGCCGGCGGCGCGCGGGCCCUGCUCCCUCCGACUGCUCGCACCUGACGCCGCUGCCUUCACUGCCAGGCUUAUUGAUGUUAAGGAGAACCUGUCAGAAUGGGAGCGCGGCGCGUUAGAAGUGUCCUCGCCCGCGCUGGUAGCGGGCGUGGCGCAGCAGGCGCGCAAAUGGGGCGCCCGCAGCGCUACCGCUCAACACACGCGGGACGACCAGGCCCCGCCGAGGGCUAACGCUACUCAGGCCUGCAAGCUGCUAGUGUACAUAGGGGACGCCAUAAAACCAAUAUGGCGGAUGAACCUCUGCGGCGGCAACGCAGCAGCUGUAGCUGCCAGGGCUGGCACCAAACUGCUGCCGCCGAAGAUCAAGAUUGUGUGGAACCCGCCCACUUCACCCUACCAACACACUGAGAAGCUCAGGCUUGUGGUCACUGCGGUUAACAGUGGCUCCGUAUGCAACAACGAAUCUCAAUUCAUCUGCGGUAUGACUAGCCUCUGCAUAUCCUCCUACCUCGUCUGCGACGGCGUCCGACAUUGCCCCGGCGGCGAAGACGAAGAUACCUCAGCGUGCAUGCAUAGGAGAGACCCGCCGUUGCUGGAACUGCUUAGGCGAUUCGCUGCCAGGAACCAGGAGUUGCUGGGGAUAGAUCAGAACGAUGGCAUGACGAAGCCUUCUGUUAUAAGCGAUUUGAAACUUUCAGUGAAAAUCACGGAGAGCGAGCAGAAAUCGAACGCGUUCCUGGAAUUCGCGGCCGCUCUGAAGCCCUACGGCCCCUGGAGUUACCUCGUGGUGGGAAUGCUGAUCUGCGCCACCAUACUCAUGUUCUGUCUCGCUUGGGAAUGUUGCUGCAAGCGCUCCAAGCCAUCAGACACGCCGAUCAACAUCCCAGCGUCCUGCAUAGACCUCUCCCCGACGGUGACCGUCACCGCCGCCUCCCAGCACCUCUUCUCCCCCACUCCCACCUCCCCUCCCGAGUACGAACCCCCUCCGUCCUACUCCUCUCUCUUCCCUAGAGCGUACAAGUGUGAAGACCCCGUUCCGCAGUGCUCCGCCCAGCCCGACUAGGUUUUCAAAUUAGGUUUUAGGUUUUUUAGAAGUUUGGAAUGGCGUUAGCGAAUGAUUUGGUCAAAAUUAAUAUUGUUUAGCCCAAGACUGUCUCCAUGAUAUCAAAAAUAAUGGAUAUAGUAGAUGGAUCCAUCCCAUACAUUAAAAUGCGACCGCUUAAGAACGCGCAUACACUACGCCACACAUAGAUGCCUUGUUGCCAUCGAUUAUUUGUAGAUUGGCGUUAAUUGACACUUUC